AUGGCUGACAAUGAUUUCCCAAGUUUUGAUUUGAACGAUGAAUAUUGUUAUACUUUAAUAUUGAGAAGGUGUUCAAAGUUAUUGACAACGUCUCUUGAUGCUUUACCUGAUUUUCAAGAUUACAUUUUGAAGGGGUUUGAUAUUUCCAAACUUAAGAUUCCUGCAGCUACUAAUGGUGAGUUGAUAAAUUUAAUGAUAUACUUAUCAGAGGAUGAAUUACUAACGAAACCUCUUUCAUUCAGCUGCUUAUGA